AGGUAAUUGAAUUGCAAGGGCGAAGACUGACCCGGGAAUAGGAGCAAAGCAAUUCUGCUGCUCCUCCUCCUGUCGUUUUUACCACUUGCCUCCUGACUCUUCUCCAAACCAAGCUCAUCUGCAGAAUUCCCUGCACAAGUGCCAGCCAUUGGGAGUCUGCGGAAGCCGCCCUGUGCAUCUCAAGCUGCCCUGUUAUCCAGCCACCAUCCCUGACCACUGGGACCGCUUCUGAUGGCUGUGGCCUCCGCUGCCCCAGGGAGCAUCUUCUGUAAGCAGCUCCUCUUCUGUCUCCUGGUUUUACUGUUGUUUUGCGAUGCUUGCCAGAAAAUUUCUCUCCAAGUUCCUUCUCAUCUUCAUGCUGAAGCACUUGUAGGCAAAGUGAAUCUGAAGAAGUGUCUCCAGUCAGCCAGCCUAAUCCACUCAAGUGAUCCUGACUUCAGAAUUCUAGGAGAUGGCUCAGUUUACACAACACGGGACCUCGUUUUGUCUUCUGAAAAGAAGAGUUUUUCCAUUCUUCUUUCAGAUGCUCAGGGACAGGAGCAGAAAGAGAUAGACAUUGUACUGGAAGCAAGAGGAAAGAAGGUACAUGAGAUUCCUAAGAGACAUCCCAAAGACACAGUCCUCAGGCGAAGCAAGAGGCGAUGGGCCCCUAUUCCGUGUUCGCUGAUGGAGAACUCACUAGGUCCAUUUCCACAACAUGUUCAGCAGGUUCAAUCUGAUGCCGCACAGAACUACACCAUCUUUUACUCCAUAAGUGGACCAGGAGUUGACAAAGAGCCCUUCAAUUUGUUCUUCAUAGACAAAGACACAGGGGAUAUCUUUUGUACAAGAAGCAUAGAUCGUGAGCAGUAUGCAGAGUUUCCGCUCUAUGCCUACGCGACGACCAUAGACGGUUAUGCACCCGAGUACCCACUGCCCUUGCUGUUCAAGGUCGAAGAUGAUAAUGACAAUGCCCCGUACUUUGAAAGCAAAUUGACUAUGUUUAGUGUGCCCGAGAACUGCCGAACCGGAACUUCAGUGGGAAAAGUGACAGCCAUCGACCACGAUGAACCUGACACUCUGCAUACUCGUCUGAGAUAUAAGAUCUUACAGCAAAUCCCAGAUCACCCAAAGCAUUUCUCCAUCCAUCCAGAUACAGGUGUCAUCACCACAGCUACGCCUUUGCUGGAUAGAGAAAAAUGUGAUACGUACAAGUUGAUAAUGGAAGUGCGAGACAUGGGAGGCCAACCUUUUGGGUUAUUUAAUACAGGAACAAUUACAAUUUCGCUUGAGGAUGAAAAUGACAAUUCACCAUAUUUUACAGAAUCUUCUUAUUUUACAGAAGUAGAAGAAAACAGAAUUGACGUUGAGAUUUUACGAAUGGCAGUACGUGACCAGGAUUUGCCAAACACGCCUCACUCAAAGGCUGUAUACAAGAUCCUACAAGGAAAUGAAAAUGGAAACUUCAGAAUUAGCACAGAUCCAAACACAAAUGAAGCAGUCUUGUGUGUUGUUAAGCCCCUGAACUAUGAAGCCAGUGACCAAGUUGUUUUGCAAGUUGGUGUUCUUAACGAAGCACAGUUCUCUAGAGCGCCAAACUCACAAGCUCCUACUAUGUGCACUGCAACUGUCACUGUUAAAGUUAAAGACACUGAUGAGGGCCCUGAAUGCCAACCGCCAGUAAAAGUUAUUCAGAGUAAAGACGGCCUCCCAGAGGGCAAAGAGCUCCUUGGAUACAAAGCAUUGGAUCCGGAAAAGCGCAGUAGUGAGGGCUUAAGGUAUAAGAAGAUAAAAGAUGAAGAUAACUGGUUUGAAAUUAAUGAACACACCGGUGACUUGAAAACUGUAAAAACUCUAGACAGAGAAUCAAAAUUUGUAAAAAACAACCAAUACAAUGUUUCCGUGAUGGCAAUGGAUGCAGUUGGCAGAUCUUGCACUGGAACAUUAGUCGUUCUUCUGGAAGAUGAUAAUGAUCACCCACCGCAAAUUGCCAAAGAAGUGACAAUUUGUCGGCAUGGUAAGGAUUUUGCCGUUCUCGAACCUGUGGAUGCAGAUGGACCUGAGAAUGGGCCACCUUUUCAAUUCGUCCUGGAUAAAUCUGCCAGCAAACUUUGGACGUUAGAGACAAAAGACGGUAAAACUGCCAUUCUUCGUGAACGGCAAAAUCUUGAUUAUGACUAUUACUCUGUGCCUAUCCAAAUAAAAGACAGACAUGGUCUUGCUGCCGCAUACACGUUAUCAGUGAGAGUAUGUGACUGUACUACUCCCUCUGAUUGUAGAAUGACUACUAAACUUCAGAGAGAUAUCGCGCCAUCAAAUGUAAUACUUGGAAAAUGGGCUAUUCUUGCCAUGGUGCUGGGUUCUGCAUUGUUGUUAUGUGUUCUGUUUACAUGUUUCUGUCUUACUGAUAAGAAAGCAGUAAAGAAGUGUUUUCCCGAAGAUGUAGCCCAGCAAAACUUAAUUGUAUCAAACACUGAAGGACCCGGAGAGGAAGUGAUGGAAGCAAAUAUUAAACUCCCCACACAGACGUCCAACAUUUGUGACACAAACAUAUCUGUUGGCACACUUGGUGGCCAGGGUGUCAAAACACAGCAAAGUUUUGAGAUGGUCAAAGGCGGCUACACUUUGGAUUCCAGCAAAGGAGGUGGACAUCAGACGUUGGAAUCAGUCAAGGGCAUAGGACAGGGAGGAACGGACACCGGCAGAUACACAUACACCGAAUGGCACAGCUUCACCCAACCUCGGCUUGGCGAAGAAUCCAUUAGAGGACACACUCUGAUUAAAAAUUAAACAGUAAAAGAAGGUGUACCUGUGUGGCCAGGACGAGGAGCAUAAACAUUCUGAAGACUACGUUCGCUCUUACAACUAUGAAGGGAAAGGCUCUGUGGCUGGCUCGGUGGGCUGCUGCAGCGAUCGGCAGGAAGAUGAGGGUCUUGAGUUUCUGGAUCAUCUGGAACCCAAAUUUAGGACGCUAGCAAAGACAUGUGUAAACAAAUAAGUGUGCCUUUUAAUAGAGUAACAUCCACAAAUGCUUGUGUAGGAGUUUAUUGAAUGUAAUUUGAUGGCAGCAUCUGCUAAUGUGUUUGUUGACUUGGGGUAAGCUUCCAGUCAUGUGUAGACAAGGACACUGUAAGUAUGACACGCCCCUAAAUUCUCCUUGUCCGAGAUAAUGUCCAUGUCCUCUAGAAGUAAACGUUUCACUUGUUAAUUUCCUUUUCUAUACGUGUAUAUACUGCCCUUUCCAGGACUGUCCUCAUGUGCUUUCUUCUACCUUCUGUUUGGAAUUUUAUGUCACUUUGUAUGCUCUGGAAGAGUAUGUGGGAGAGCUGUGGACUGUGGAGGCUAAUGAAAAACACAUUUUUAUUUUAGGUGAAAAUUAAAUAUUUUCUUCAGAAUCUUGGGGAGAAUUAUGCUUUUAUUGGUCUUUGGUGCCAGAGAACUGCUUCCUCUACCCGAGCAGCUAUGUGCUGAAGGAUUUUUUUUAAGUACUCUCUGAUGCAGUCUUCGAUUCGGUGAAUCAGAGCUCAUUUCUUACUAAACUUUCCACCCUGCGGAGAUGCUCCCAGCUCGAUCCUGGGAUCUCUGUCCAUGUGGUUGUGUUAUUAAUUACGUUCCUACAGCUUCUAGAAUUAUUUGGAAAGACAGGGAUCAAAACAAGCAAGCUCACGGCAAUUUGAGCUGCAGAGAUUUUGUAAGGAUCACGUGAGAGGAUUUCCAUGAAAGAAUUGGAAACUUGAUGCCCGUGGGUUGACUGAAAUCCACAGAUCUGUUUUGUUUGCCCACUAUGAUGUAUUAUUACUUUUUAAAAAUGUAAAUACCUUGGCAAAAGGACAUACCUUCUCUAGUUUGAUGCAGACCCACUGUCUUCAAGCAUUUGUGAAACUAGCCCAGCAGGCAUCAGGCUGGCAACCCUGAUAUGCUUAGCCCUUUGAAUAUGCUAACAAUUAAAUAACCAUCCAUACUGGAACUUAAUACUCAGGCUACACUGGUAAUCACUUUCAAAAAAUGUUAAAUCAGAAAACAUGUCUGUCAUUAUAUAUUAAAAAAUUGAAAUCUAUUAAAGCAAUUUUUACCAAACUUUUGUUGAAUGAUAGAUAAAUGAAUGAAAACAUGAGUUAAUAAAUUAUUUUGAAUAUAUAACAUUUUAAAUGGAUAUUAUAUUUUAUUAAUUUAGAAACAGGCCAUAUAUUUAAAUAUUGUAAUAGUUUUUUGUGCCAAACUGUAUAGAUUUAUAAACGUUAACAGUAUAUAUCACAAGGAAAUUUCUUACUCAGACAAAAAACAUUUUUUUAAUCAGUUAGCUAGUUAACCUUUUAAAAAAAUAAGUGGCUGAUUUUCUUAAAUUUUGUGAUCUAUCUCCUUAUUUUCAGUCACAGGUUCUAAGUAAAGGUGUUUCUUGAUAUGAAAUUAGAUAUUAGUGGAAUAAAAAAGUUUUAAUAAGUAAAAUUUUCAUUUUAUAAGCUGUCCACAAUGUGUGAUUUUUAUAACCAUUGUCAGUAAAAUAAUUUUGGAGAGUAAUGCAAUUUCUGAAUUUCUGUUUUCUGAUGUACAUGUUACUCUGACAACGAUACCAGUUUUGAAAUUUAAAAAUAUAGUAUUAAAAUUUGGGAAAUAUAUCAUAAUACCAUACUAAGCUGUAUUCUUGAAUGUAGGUGCAGAAUGUUUGCUGAGCAAUUAAAAAUCAUUAGCUAAGCAUUAA